GAGCAAAGACUAUUUUCGAGAAUCAGCAGUUUGCCAUUUAUCAUACAAAUCAAUGAGACUGUGGAUGGUAUAGAUGCAAUUUGUUGCAUUUGAAAAGUUUAUGUUCCAGCUAACCUGGCUGCUACAGACAUAAUAUUCCUCGUGUGCUGUGUUCCAUUUACUGCCACUCUAUACCCUCUACCUGGCUGGAUCUUUGGAGACUUCAUGUGCAAGUUUGUCAACUACUUACAACAGGUUACUGUCCAGGCAACCUGCAUUACUUUGACUGCAAUGAGUGCUGAUCGCUGUUAUGCAACACUUUAUGCGCUUAAGUCGUUGCGUCAUCGCACUCCUAAGGUCGCCAUGGUGGUCAGCGCAUGCAUAUGGAUAGGUUCCUUGAUUCUGUCUUUGCCAAUUAUCAUGUACCAGAAGAUUAUAAAAGGUUACUGGUAUGGACCGAGAACAUAUUGUGCUGAGGCCUUUCCAUCAGAUUCCCAUCAGAAAGGCUUCAUACUGUACCACUUUCUUGCUGGCUACCUUCUACCUUUGUUCACCAUCUCUUUGUGCUAUUCCUUGAUAUUAAAGAGAGUUGGACAAUCUGUUGUUGAGCCCUUAGACAACAACUAUCAGGUUCAGCAUUUGUCUGAAAGAACAAUAGCAAUGAGAAGCAAGAUUUCUAAAAUGGUGGUGGUAAUUGUGCUCCUUUUUACAAUCUGUUGGGGACCCAUCCAGCUCUUUAUCCUGUUCCAGGCCUUUUAUCCAAAUUUUCAGGCCAACUAUGUGACUUACAAGAUCAAGACUUGGGCUAACUGCAUGUCAUACGCCAACUCCUGCAUCAAUCCCAUAGUUUAUGGUUUUAUGGGAGCAAGCUUCAGGAAGUCCUUUAAGAAAGCCUUCCCAUUCAUGUUCAGACGGAAAGUAAGGGACACCAACAUGACUUCUGGAAGUGACAAUGCAGAAGUGUAGUUUGUCACUGCAUAAUCCUAAUUGUUAUAGAUUGUCAUGAAUGAACAUGGUUAAAGAUAUGAAAGCAAUGAUGGUCAAUUUGUUUGGCCCACAAAAUUCCUGGAAAACAUGCCCUCAGUAAGCGUUAAGAAAAAUAUUAUAAAGCUUGAACUAACACUAGGUUUCAUACUUUGAGUUGAUGUUUGUGUAAAAGUGUUAGAAUAGUGUUAAUGUAGUGUUAAUGUUUAAUAAUACCUAAUAUAGUGUUAAUGUUUAACAUGAACAAAAGCAGAAGUUGCUGGAAAAGCCUCUGAGGAA